UAAACAUGAAUUGCAAAAUAUAGCAUACGAAAAAACAUUUUUUGAUCUGUAAACUGAAUAAAACUUAUAUCAAAAUAUAGCAAUACGAAAAAGCAUUCAUAUUCUGCUUGCAGAAGAAGAUUCCGAGUGUUAGAUUUCCUUUUAGAUUGGAGGCUUCGAAUAGAUUUUAUAUAUAAAUUUCUCUAUUGUGAGCUUUGUAUAAAUUUGUCAAUUUGUUCUGCUCAUGUAGUGUGUAAUCGCUAAUAAGACUUAAAUUUUGAUUCAGAUUCAGAAAUAAUUCGAUUAGGAAACAUGUUGAUUUUUGGCUUUGCUCAGUAGGUAUAUAGAAAACGAAGAAAUCUCAGUCGUAAUGAUGAGAUCUUUUCAUGUUUCUGAUCACGUAGCGUCUCAUGCUGUCUUGUAGUAUACAUGUACGUUGCCAAAAAUUGUUUGCCAAUGCUAAUUAAAAAAAAAAACUAAAAUGGUAAGUUUCAUCAAAAUAUUGUUUGUAAAAAAAAAUUGUUAGUUAAAAAAACAAAAAUAUAACCAUAAGUUUCCAAAUAUUAUUAUAUUGUUGGAUAUGGUAAGUUUUCCAAGUAUUUAUUUUCAUAAUUUGUUACUAAUUGGGUUUCCUAUUAAGUCAAGAAUUGACUAACUAUGCCUAUAAAUAUACUUGAUUGUUACAAUUGUUCCCAUAAACCUUCAACCUUAUUACUUUUUGUUGUAUAAAAUAUUAUACCUUUCAGCCCCCAUAUAUACUCUCUUCAAUCUUUCAAAUAUACAAGAAAGAGUGAUGGAGUUUGAAGAAGAAGGGUAUCGAUUUCAUCCCACAGAUUCAGAGUUACUCACAUACCUUCUUAGGUUUAUCACUGAAAAUAACUUAUGUGACAAUGGUUUUAUUACGGAGUGUGAUGUCUAUAACCAACAACCAUGGAUAACUUAUGGCUAUGGGCGCCAUUGUGGAGGACAAGACGAUGGGGAUACUAAUAAUUUUCGUUACUUUAUUUCCCCGAGGCAUAAGAAGAGUGAUAACAGAUUUUCCAGACAUGUGGCUAACGGUCUUGGGACUUGGAAACAACGAGAUAAGGGGAAAUGGAUUAGGAGUAAACAGAGCAAGCCUUUGAAUAUGGGACUCAAGAAAAGUCUAGAUUAUGAUACUAACAUUUGUUGUCCCCAUGAUGGAAAGUGGCUCAUGAAGGAGUACGUUUUUUGCGAAGCUAUUCUUAAAAAGUUCAAAAACUCUAAUUAUAAAGACUAUUGUAUUUGUGCUAUAAAAAGGAAAAAUUCGUCUAAUCCUUCGCCAAGUAGUAAUGCGAGUACAACUGAUUUGAAUGAACACAAGUUGGAUACAGAGGUGAUUUCAGGGAUAAAUUCUGUUGAGCCGCGGAUGGAUCAGGCAAUCACUCCUAUCAAUAUUGUUGAACCAGUGUUGCGUAUUCAAGAGUCUUUAUCAGAUGAAGAGAAGAUCAAUGCUCUAUUAAUAGAAUAUAAUAUUGAUCCUGAAUUAACGAAAAUGAGGAAUGAGGACUAUGGGAUGAUCAAUCAUCCUAUCAAUGUCGUUGAAAAUCCAGCAAUGGAAGCUGAGGUGCAAGGAAAUGGUGUUUCGGAAUUUGAGAACACAAUACCAGAAAAUAAUCUGCCAGUACACCAGCAGCAAGGUUUUAUUGUUGAUGUUAAUGAGGAUUGUAACGCAUAUUCAGAAUUUCAAGCCAAUAAUUCAAGCUUUGUUGGACUACUAACUGGUUAUGGGGACUACGCUAUCAGGAACAACUGGGAGCUAAAUACUUUUUCUCCUAUUCAAGAACCUAUGAUUCCCGACUUUGCGAAUGUGAAGUCAAAUAUAACUAUGCCUGAAAUAUAUGGUACUUUGACUGAAUAUAUGGAUGCCGAUGUAUUGAUGAAUCCGGAGAAUGCUUUUGAUUUUUCUAAACAAUCAAUAGUAGAAUCUAAUCAGGUGCAGAUCACUCAAGAGGCUGCUGCUGGUGAAGCGAAUCGUCUGUUGGGGCAAACUGCGCCUUUUUUUCAAAUUCAAGAAUUUGUGAUGCCAGAAAUGUUUGAUAUGGGUUACACAUUGUUGGAGACACAACAAGAACCAAAACCACAAGAAGAAUGUAAGACACUUUGUGAAACAGAAAAAUCGAGCUUUCUUGAUGACCUUACAGAAGCCUUGUUAGAUGAUGUGCCUCUGAAUGAUAGAUUGAAUAUAAAUAGGGAGAGUAAGAUAACAUUAUUGUUGGAUCAACAAUCUUGGGAGUCUAACGCGCAUUUACAAGAUAUGCUGCUCUGAAGAAUUGGUACCACCUGGACAGUUUCAACUAAUUU